AUGGACAGAACCGACUUCUUCAGGAACGCUCUGGAAUCGUCCUUGGAGGCCUCCAUCCAGUCCAGAGCUCAGUCCAAGAACUGGUCUUCAUCCACCAAGAGCAAAGUGGAGCUGGACUUUAAGCUCCUGCCUCUGAUCGGAGGACGGCUGACCCGUAAAGAGUCCGCGUCCUGCAGGAACUGUUUCCAGCUGCUGUGGAGGAUUCGGGACUUGGAACACCAGCUGUUUCAGCUCACCAGCAAACGGUACCAUGAGAGUUUGGAGGCUUCGCUAACUUUGACCCAGCUGGACCAGAACCAGGAUCAGCAGAGUUCCAAAGAAGAGAGGGAGGCUUGUGACCGGACAGGUCGUCUCUCACCUGGCGAGGUGCGGGUCGAUGACCACAACGUGGUUCUGGACUCAGAGAUGGCUCCAUCCAACGCAGCCUCGGUGCCAGGUUGCCCCCGCCCCCGUUUCAGGUGGGAGUGGUUAGACACGUUCAAGUUCCUCCGGUACUCGCCAUCCCGGAACGUCAUGUGGUGCCAGGUGUGUCGGGUUUACGCCAACAGAGCCCACCGGAACCACCGCCUAGUCAAAGGAUCCAACGUUUUUUUCAAGUCCAGCCUGAUGAAGCACAGCAAAAGCAUUUUUCAUCUGGACAACGUUCGUGAUGAGGAAUGCCUCCUGGGGUUCUGCAGACAUGGUUCCACCAUGAGCGAGGGCCCGUCAGACCUGUGGUUCUGUGAAGAGUGUCAGGACUAUUUCCAGGAGGAGUGUCCAUCCCACGGGCCCCCACUGAUCGUCCCUGACACACCUGUGGCCCCCGGAUCGGCCAACAGGGCAGCACUCACCGUCCCAUCAGGCCUGGAGCUCCUCACUGAGGCAGAGGAGGUAGAUGUCCGUUGUGCAGAUGAAGUCUUCCCUAAGGGGGCGGUUUUUGGUCCUUAUGAAGGCGAGCUGGUAUCCAAAGACGAAUCGUCCGGCUUCUCCUGGAUCAUUGUUGGUUUGAAUGACACGUACGAGUCUGUCGACGGCGGCGAUGAGACCAAAGCCAACUGGAUGAGGUUUGUCCGGACCUCGUCAGAGGACAGAGACAGGAACCUGACGGCGUUCCAACAUGGUGGAAACAUCUACUUCAGAGUCCGCAGGAGGCUGGAGGUCGGGGAGAGGCUGAGGGUUUGGUACAGCGACGACUACAUCCGACGACUUCAGAGUGUGUCUCAGGACAGCAUCGACCGCAACCUGGACUCAGCUUUGCAGAACAUACUCAGUCCUGGAAAAGGACCCUGUGAAGGGUCAGACAGCCAGCCGCCGGCCAAGAAGAAGAAGAUUGACCUCAUCUUCAAAGAUGUUCUGGAAGCCUCUCUGGAGGACUGCAGUCUGUCCCGGUCUUCUCUUCUUGGUGAGAAUAAACCUGGCCUUCAGCUGAAGGUGAAGGAGGAGAAGACCCAGAUCAGCACAGAACCCUCCACCUCCUUCUGCCCCAACUGUGUCAAACUGAAGAGGAGGAUUCUGGAGCUGGAAGAGGAGCUCCUGCGUCUCAGAGGAGAACAGCGGGGCGCGAUCAGUACCUUGACCUCUGAGCAGACCCAGCCUGAUCAGGCUCCUCCACAUCCUGAGCAGGGCCCCGUUGAUGAUUUUCAAGGGAUGGAGCCCAUGACACCACCUCAGGUGGUUCUGGAUGAAGAUGACCCUGAUGUGGAUUCAGCCGAUGAAUCGAUCACAGCCGACCUCAUGAUUUCUCCAGAAGACUCUUCGAAGCUUUACCCCGGAGGAAGCAGACGCAUUCGGCGCUUCAAGCAGGAGUGGCUAAAGAAGUUCUGGUUCCUUCGAUACUCGCCGACCCUGAAUGAGAUGUGGUGCCACGUCUGCCGACAAUACACCGUCCAGUCGUCUCGAACGUCAGCCUUCAUCAUCGGCUCCAAACAGUUCAAGAUCCACACCAUCAAGCUUCACAGCCAGAGCAACCUGCACAAGAAGUGUCUGCAGCUCUACAAGCUGCGAAUGCACCCGGAGAAGACCGAGGAGAUGUGCAGGAACAUGACGCUGCUGUUCAACGCAGCGUACCACCUGGCCCUGGAGGGACGGGCCUUCUCCGACCUGCGUCCACUGGCAGAGCUGCUGAAGAAGUGCGAGCUCAAAGUGGUGGAUCAGUACAUGAAUGAAGGCGACUGUCAGAUCCUCAUCCAUCACAUCGCCCGAGCUUUGAAGGAAGAUCUGACUGAGAAGAUGCGUCUGUCUCCCUUUCUGAGCAUCAUAAUGGACGUCCAAAGUGACGACUUUUUCUCAGACUUAGUGGCGUUUUAUGUCCAGUUCAUAACUAAUGAAGGACUCCCCAACACAGAGUUCCUGUCCCUGCAGAGACUGAGCAUGGACAGUGUGGAUGGGUAUCUCCAGGUUAUGGAUCAAGCCUUCAGUCUCCUGGGCCUCAGGUUCCAGGACUCACUGGUAGUGGGUCUUGGAGUGGACGGCAUCAACAUCUCUUCAGGAAUAAGAGGUAACCUGUAUGUAGCUCUGCAGAAGACCUUUCCAUGGAUCCUCUGCCUUCCCAUCAUGAUCCACCGCCCUCAUCUGGAGGUUCUGGAUGCCAUCAGUGGGAAGGAGCUCUGCUGCCUUGAGGACCUGGAGAACAACCUCAAGCAGCUGCUCAGUUUUUAUCGCUACUCUCCUCGAAUGAUGGCCGAGCUGCGAUCAACUGCACCAACACUGUCAGAGGAGACAGAGUUCCUGGGAGACAUCAGAGCCGUACGCUGGAUUAUAGGAGAGCCAAAUGUCCUCAGCGCACUCAUCAAAGACUACCUCGAGGUCGUGGCCCACCUGAAGGAGAUCAGCUGCCAAACUCAGAGGGCUGACGCUGCAGCCAUCGCUCUCACGCUCCUCCAGUUUCUCCUGGACUACCAGUCUGUCAAACUCAUCUACUUCCUCCUGGACAUCAUAGCUGUUCUGUCCCGAUUAGCCCUGACUUUUCAAGGGGAGCACCUUCUGGUGUCGCAGGUGGAAGCCAAGAUCGAGGCGGCAAUUCAGGAGAUCAACCAGCUGGUGGACUGCCCCGGUGAAUAUCUGCAGGAGUUUGAAGAAAACUUCAAAGAAAGUUUCAACGGUGUGGAGUUGAAGAAUCUAAGAGUUGCAGAGUCCAAGUUUCAGUCCAUCCGAGAAAAGAUCUGCAACAGGAGCAAGGGGAUCCUGUCUCAGAGGCUAGACCUGCAGAGCCGCUCCUUUUCCAAAGCCUGCAAGGUACUGGACCUGUCCAGCUGGCCUGACAGCCACGAAGACCUGCAAGCCUACGGUGAGGAGGAGAUCCAGAUCAUUUCCAGCCACCUGGAGUCCGUUCCUUCUGCUGGUCAGGAGGACCUGCCAGAGGCACAGAGCAGCUUGCUGGUGGAGUGGAAGAAUCUGAAGGCGGACUACUACAGCAUGAAUGGUUUGAAGGAGCUCAUUGGUCACAUCUGCAAGUACAAGCAGCGGUUUCCACUUCUGAACAGGGCCGUGCAGUUCAUCAGGGUCCUGCCCAGCUCCACGGCCUGCUGUGACAAAGGCCGAGGAUCUCUGCAGAAGAUGUGUAAGAACAACCGUUCCCGACUAACGCUGGAGCAGAUGAAUGAUCUACUCACGGUGGCCGUUAACGGGCCGCCCAUUGGCUGCUUUGAUGCAAAGCGGGCGUUGGACGGCUGGUUUGAGGAAAAAUCCGGCAGCAGUUGCUCUCUCUCUGCCGAAGUGUUGAGCAGGACGUCUGUUGUGGAUUAGAAACCGGUUCUGCACAACUCUGACGUCAACGCAGAGUUCUGCCCUGAUGGCUUAAAGACGACCUGAAAGUAGAAUCUGAUUAAAUCUACAACUCACAAUCACACAGAUGAUUUUUAUUAAACUUGAGCAAAGAUUAGGAAGAGUAAAUAAUGGUUAAUAAUUUACUGUCAGACUUGCAGCCGAGUGGAUGAAACCCCCCGUCGCUGUUGUAUGAUAACUAGAAAAAUA